AUGGAUGAUUGGUUGUUUUUAGGGAUUGAUUUAAGUACACAACAGGUUUUUUUGUUGAAAAAAUUAAAUUUAAAAUAAGUACAUAAAAUUAUUUAUUCAGAUAAAAUGUGUUGCGAUAAAUAUGAAUAAUGAAGUUGUUUAUCGAGAUGAUAUUAGUUUUUCGAAUCAUGAAAAAUUGAAAGAAUUCAAGUUAGUUUUAUUGGGGAGACAUUUUAUAAGAGGAGGGGCGGGGGUAUUAAAAUUUGCUUCGGAGAUCAUUUGCGCGGCACGAACUGGAUCUCAGCAGCUUUUCAGCAACCUUAGACAGUAGUUACCGAUUUUCAAAACCCGUCAUGAAUCUCUUUUACAGAACCAAAGAAGGUGUUCAUAUAAAAAAUGAAGAGACUGGUCAAACUGUCACAUCACCUGUGAAAAUGUGGUUGAAAUCGAUUGAUAUUUUAUUUGGAAAUUUGAAGAGAAAUGAAAUUUCGGAGAGAAUUCAAGGAAUUUCUGGAUGUGCUCAACAACAUGGAACUGUUUAUUGGAAGAAUGGAGCGAAGAGUAUUUUGGAAAAUUUGGAUGAUACGAAAAGUUUGGAAGAACAAUUUGAGGUACUAUUAUUUUUGAGAAAUGAGGAGUCUACGGAAAAAAAUUCGGAAAAUAUUGAGAAUUAUUUUGCCAGAAACAGAAUUUUUUGAAAAAACACUUUAAACUACCAAAAUUUCAGUCAGCAUUUUCAUUGCCGAAUUCACCAAUUUGGAUGGAUUCAAGCACUCAAAAACAAUGUGAUGAAUUGGAAAAGUUCAUUGGUGGACCUGAGGUAUUUCUAAUUUGCUUUAAAAUUUCCUGCAAACAUAUGUUUUCAAUUUUCUAGAAAUUAACGAAAUUGACUGGUUCACGAGCUCAUCAUCGUUUUAGCGGAGUUCAAAUCAAAAAAGUCAAUGAUUUAUAUCCAGAAAUAUAUGAAAAUACUGAAAGAAUAUCAUUGAUUUCGUCGUUUUUAACAAGUGUUUUAAUUGGAAAAUAUUGUGGAAUUGAUUGGACAGAUGCAAGUGGAACUAAUUUGAUGGAAAUCGAAACGAAAAUAUGGAAUAAAAAAAUAUUGGAGUUUAUAAGUCCUGGUUUAUCGGAAAAAUUGGGAAAACCUGUAAAUCCAAACACAAAUAUAGUAUGCUUUUAUCUAUAAAAUAAUAAUUUUGAGAAUACUGUUUAUAGGGUGGGAUUGAUAAAUUCUGGAAUAAUCGAUACAGUAUUCCUUCAACUUGUCAAAUUUUCCCGUUUCUUGGGGAUAAUCCUUGUAAGUUAUAGAGACAAGGGGGCAAGUUUUUGAAAAAAUUUCGUUCCAGCAUCAUUGGCUGGUCUUUCUUUGAAUCAAAAUGAUAUUGGAAUAUCUUUGGGAACAAGUGAUACUGUAUUUUUUCAUACAAAUUCAUAUAAAUAUUCAAUCGAUGCUCAUGUUUUUGCUUAUAAUAAUGAAUAUAUGCCAUUAGUUUGGUGAGUUUGUAGGGCUAAAAAAUUGGUUUCUGAAUAAUUCAAGGUUCACAAUUUUUAGCAAGAUUUUAUCAAAUUACUUAGCUUCAACCUAAUUUUCCAGUUUCAAAAAUGGUUCAUUAACUCGUGAAAGAGCACUAAAACUCGCAAAAUGUCAAGAUUGGUCAAAUUUCUAUCAAAUUCUCUCUCAAACUCCUCCCGGAAAUCAGGGAAAAAUUGGAUUUUUCUUCGAUUCGGAUGAAAUUGCACCGAAUGUUAGAAAAGGUGAUUAUUUAUUCAAUGAAAAUGGAGAAACGGUUGAAGGGUUUGACGAUUUGGUAAGAUUUUAAAAAUACAGAAUAAAAUUACGUACUGUAUUCAGACAACUUGCCGAGCAAUUUUCGAAAGUCAGUGUUAUCUCAAAUUACUGUACACCAAGAAAAUGGGAUUGGUUUUAAAUAAAGGUACGUUUGAUUCCUAAAAUCAAAAAUAUCGGAUUUGUUUCAGAAAAUCGUCUUAUUUUAACUGGCGGUGCUUCAAAAAACAUUGCACUUCUUCAAAUCUUAUCCGAUGUUUUCAAUUGUGAAAUAUAUACAAUUCAUGUGGAAAAUUCAGCAGCUUUGGGAGGCGCAAUGAGAGCAAAAUACAGUGAGUAUUGGGGGUUUCAGAAUCUGAAUAUCAAGAGACAAUCGAAAAAAAUCUGAGUCUGCCGAUUUCAAGAUUUCGGAAGAUAUCGUAAUUUUUCAGAAAGCUUCAGAAAAAAGUUCAACUUUGAAUUCAAAGAAUUCAAGAUAUUUGAAUUGGGUCAAAAACUGUGCCAAUCAGAAUUUCAGGCUGAUUAAUUUGGACUCGGCCUAGUUUUUGACCCCAAUUCGAAUAUCCUAAUUUUUUUGAAAUUCAACAUCUUGUUUCAAACAACUUCUCUAAAUCGUUAAAAGUUUUAAGACCACCUGAGAAAAAGAUAAAUACAAAAUUUAUUUUCAGUAUCUUCAAAUUCACCUCUCCCUUAUCACCAAUAUUUCAAAAAUUGCAAUAAAUUGACACCAUCCGCCACACCAAUUCAAGAAAAUGUCCAAAAAUAUCAAAAAUAUUUCACUAACUUUGAGCAAUGUUUUGAGCGCUUAAAAUAG